UCUCAGGUUUCUACGCCACUUCACAUUUAUAAGACCUAUUGGGCUGUUUUUCAUUUCACAGAUCUCAUUGAAAGUGUACGCAUGGAAGAGCCAUUUGUGGAUAGUUCGAGUUUACAUGUGCUGCAUCCAUCUCGGUUAAAUGGAGCUAAAUGGUUUAAAUACCACACCCAAGUAUCAACUGGUGUACGAAAGGUCAUUCAAAGUUGUUUUAAGGGACCAUGGUACUCUUGGAGAAAAGUGCCUCCCUUCUACAAAAUAACUUGGUUUACACUGUUUAUGAAAAAGUUUAACUGGGAUGCUUCUAUCAACUAUCAAGUUGAACGAGAGUUCAAUAAGCUUGCUGCAUAUCGCCUCAAAGGAAUGAUAAGCCAUGCUAAGAAGGGAGGAGAAAAACCAGAUUGGAUUUUGUCUCAUUAUUGGACGAUUAUGCAGGCACAUUGGGCAACAGCAAAAGCAAAAGCAACAAGUGAGAAGGCUCGUGCUUCCCGAAUGUGCUUCCCGAAUGUCUGAUCGCAAUGGUUUAGGUCCACAUUCUCAUCUAGCAGGUUCAUGUUCGUAUGUCAAAGUUCAAGCUGCUUUGGAAGCAAACAAUGAAGAUUACUCCUUUAUUGCUUUGAUGAAGAAAACACAUCAAAAGCCUGACGGAACCUAUGUUGAUCAACGAGCAAGAUUGGUCGCAGAAACUUAUGAAAAGCAUGUACAAGAACGCUUGGAACAACUUGAAUCUUCUGGUGAAGAGAAUAUGACAGCUGAAAAUCUUGACAAAGCUGAGAAAAAUGAGAUUUAUAUCAAGGCUGCUGGAUCAUCUAAACAUGGUCAUAUCUUUGGACUUGGAGCACUUAGUGAGGUUUUACCAUCUGUUGGUGCCCCUUCAAGUAUACCACAAUCUGGUGAAGAAGUAGAGACAAUAACACAUCGGAUGGAGGAGAUGAAAACUGAUCUGAAAAAAAACCUUGAAGAAAAUCAGCAAAUCCAGAAAAGACUUGAAGCUAUGGAGAAACUUGUUGAAUCUUUUGCAAGUCAAAAUGUCUAAAUCCCACACCACUACCAAGACCAUCCACCUUUAUCUAACUACUAUGGUUUGUUUGUAUUUCCUUUUAGUUAUGUUUAUGGAUUAACUUUGUGCUUGGUUUAUAUUUUCUUUCAGUUGUGUUUAUGUAUCAAUUUUGUAUUUGGAUGUUAGUUUGUUAUCUAUAUAUUAUCGUUUGCAUAUUA